UAUCGCGAUGUUUGUGCCGACAUUUCGUGCAGAGACAUCACGCAGAGAAGAAAAGACUCCCUUGUAUGAUUUAAACGUCAGUGUUUUAAUUGACAAAAAUCAUCGGUUUCAGUGUGCUGCAGAAAUCCUGUAACUCAGUGAAAGUAAACACACUGCUUAGUUGCAUUGGUUGUAGGGCUGUUGUUAAACAGUCAGUAUGGCUGUAGUCAUCAGGCUCCAGGGUCUGCCCAUAGUGGCUGGGACCAUGGACAUCAGACACUUCUUCUCCGGUCUCACCAUUCCUGAUGGGGGAGUGCACAUCGUGGGUGGGGAACAUGGUGAAGCCUUCAUUGUGUUCGCCACAGAUGAGGAUGCUCGACUAGGGAUGAUGCGUACAGGCGGGUCCAUCAAAGGCUCUAAAGUGUCAUUGUUACUUAGUAGUAAGACAGAAAUGCAGAACAUGAUUGAACUUAGCCGCCGUAGAUUUGAAGCUGGGGCAGGGCCAGUGGACAUAGCUGCACCCACUGCAGGAAAUACUAACCGACAGCCAUCGGCAUCCUCCAUACCCACAGUGCAAAGCGGGGGAGGAGGGCGGUCUGGGAGCCAUGGGAAUCAGGGUUUCAACACCCCGGUCUCAGUUGCUGCUGUAAGCUCAGCUCAAGACCAACCUGCUAACAAAGCAGCAACUACUAUGACCAAUGUUGUGCCAAGCUUCCCCAACAACUACAGUUCAACUCCCACAAUUUCAACAGCUCUAUCAUCACUCAGUGCUGGUCCUCCACCCAUUUCUGCUCUUGCCAACAUGCCCUCCAUGCCUCCAAUGAACACAAUGCCCUCAAUUCCAGUUCCUCCUCCUGUAUCCACCCUUCCCCCCGUUCCAUCUGUUGCACCUCUGUCCCAGGGUCCUCCUGUGCCCCCAAUGUCCCACCUUCCCCAUAUGCCCUCUCUACCUCCUUUUAACCCCUCCCUACCUCCCCCUACAGGAAUGGGCUCAGCCCUACCACUUGGAGCCCCCAAUCCUAUGCUGUUCAACCCUCUUUCUCCUUUGGCUUCUCUUGGCCUUCGGGCUCAUAUGAAAGCUGCUGCAGCCGCUACCACUGGGUCAGGAACAUCGAACCCUGAUGAAUUCUAUGUUCUCCUCCAAAAUCUGCCAUUCUCCUGCUCAGAAAUGGAUAUCAGGGAGUUUUUUCGGGGUCUUGGAGUUGAUGGGGUGCGCCUAAUGAGGGAUGGGCAGGGAAGACCAAAUGGAAGGGCUAUGGUUAAGUUCUUCUUGCCCCAGGACAGUUUUGAAGCUUUAAAGCGAGGUGGUGGCAUGAUGGGCCAGAGAUACAUUGAGAUAAGCCCAGGGUCUGACCAUCAAUGGGCUAGCAUGUAUGACAAUAGGGUAAGCCAUAUGUCUCAUAAUAUGGGCAAAUUAAAUAAUGAGCCCCCAGAUCAGCAGCACUGCCGCACCAAUGUAAAUCCUGGAGGUAGAGAUCAUCGAGACAGGUCUCGAUCUCCUCACAGGCAGGACUUUUGUGUCUAUCUGAAAGGUCUUCCUUAUGAGGCCAACAAAAGACAAAUUAAGGAGUUCUUUAACAAUUUGGCCAUUGUAGAUGAUAGCAUCUUCAUUGCUUAUGGCCCAAAUGGGCGUGCUACAGGAGAAGGCUUCCUUGAAUUUAAAUCGGAACAGGACUACAAGGCUGGGCUCGGAGCUCACAUGCAAUACAUGGGCUCCCGCUUUAUCCAAGUCCAUCCAAUCAGCCGAAAGGGAAUGCUAGAAAAGAUUGAUGCCAUCCGCAAACGUGAUACAACACAAGGUGAUGGCAAGAACCCAGACAGCAUGAAAGCUCCAAGAAAUUGUGUCCACAUUAGUAACAUUCCUUACAACAUUUCCAAGAAAGAUGUCCGUGCCUUUUUUGAUGGUAUAGGGAUUUAUGAAGAAACGCUGAAAGUACUGACUGAUAGCAAUGGCAAUGGUCUGGGGCAAGCUAUCUUACAGCUGCGAGCCGAGGAAGAUGCCCGCAAAACUGAAAGACUACACCGCCAAAAACUCAACGGCCGUGAUGCCUUUGUCCAUCUGGUGACCUUUGAACAGAUGAUGGAGAUAGAGAGGAAUCCACCACCCCAAAACAAGAGGGGUCCACGCAAUCAAAACCAUCAGAACCAAAACCAGCAGCAGCAGCAGCAGGUGCAGCCUAAUCCCCAGCAGCCCCAGAUUAAUCCCUUUGCAGGCAUUAGUGGUGAUGAAUUCAACUUUCUUAGAAACACCAUGGGCAGCUUCAACAGUAACCCAUUUGUUACUCCCUUCUCGGCCCCAGGCAAUGGCCUUGCAGGCCCCCCUCCCAUGCCACCAUUGCCGGCGGGGUUAGGGGAAGUGAAUCUAGGUGUUGCUCCUCCUCUGGUUCCAGGGAUACCUGGAGCUCCUAUCUUAGAACCACCAGGCUUUUGCCCUGGUGCUACUGGUGGAGCUCCCUUUGGCCAGGAUGGGCUGCGAGGCUUAGUGCCUUUUGACAAUAGCAAUAGAAAGGGAGGUGGAGGGGGACAGAACCGAGGAGGAGGGCCCAGCAGUAGCAGCAACAACAACAACCAAGGACUUCCAAGUGGUGGAGCAGCAGGUGGUCAACAAGUGUUUACUCCUCCUGGGAAUGAAGCCCUCCGUAACCAGCCACCCCCUGGAGGAUCCAACAACCCCAAUAGUCAGCGUGGUGCUGCUGGCCCAACAAUUGUAAAACUUCAGAACAUGCCAUUCACUGUAACUGUGGAUGAAAUUAUGGACUUCUUCUAUGGUUACCAGGUGGUGCCGGGCUCUGUCUGCCUACAGUUCAAUGACAAAGGCAUGCCCAAUGGUGAGGCAAUGGUGGCUUUCCAGAGUCAAGACGAGGCCACUGCUGCUGUAAUGGAACUCAAUGAUAGACCAAUUGGAGCACGAAAAGUUAAAAUAAACCUGAUUUAAAACGCCUGAAUAAUAUAACUGUUAAUAGGAUUUUACAUGUGUCUGGUUCACCAAGUCUGGCUGAACUAUACCUGGUCCUGAAAUAACCCAGCUGUCAAGAAUCUUGUGGAUUUCAUUCAGUAAAAGUUAUAGAACUACUUCCUCUUUGUGUAUAUAUCUUUAGGUAAGCGCUGUCUUAAGCAGUCUGUCAAGAAAAGACUAUACUCAAUGUUUGUUUUUCUUUGUCCUUUUUCUGCAGCAUCUCCUCUGAUUUUGCUUGUACACAAUGAUGGUUGCGGAUGUGAUGGUUUUAACCUUGCUGUUGGCAGGAUUUUGGUCCUUCCAUAUUAGUUUCACUGAGCGUAUAGCUUUUUUGCUGCCAUGUUGUAUCCACAGUCACUUGUCUUUCUUUGCUAUGAUUACCUAUCUGUAAAGAGUGUCAAACAUUUUUUGCUUUAUGAGCUUAAGAAUGCUCUGCUGCUGUGGUUUGAAAUACACAUGCUUUGUUGCUCAGUAACAUGCUGUGAUAAAAUGUUUUUUGUUCAAAUGGGAAAAAAUACAAGCAUUGUUCGCUGCAUUCAAAGCUUAACAUUCUAUGUUGCUUCGGUAAAAUCUGGUCCUGUGCUGAUAAACUGAUAGUCCUAUGUUUCAAUGAUAAAGUUACAAGAAAAAAGCUUUUUUUUUUUCCUAGCCUGUGCGAUCAAAUGUGUGUGAUCUGUUGCGAUGGUGACAUGUGAACAUCUGUUCUUGUUUAUUAAAGUCAUACUAAUGAAACUGAAUGGGUCAGUUUUGCCACAUAAAAGAUGUGGUAUAGCAAGAUGGUGGAGUCAUUUUCCUUUUAUUUAACUGAGCUGCUUUUUGUUUUCUUUCAUAUUUUGUCAUGCUGUUUAUGAAUUUUGCUUCCCUGAAGACUCCACGCCCCUCAUAGAACAUGCUUUGUAGGUGUUUUGACUGUAGAUUGCUAAGAUGAAGUCUGUAGUGUUUUAGAUUCUAAGCAUUAUGUUGCUUGUAAGUUCAUCCAUGAUGUUUCCACCUAAAAAGCUCUUAUUUGUUUUUGAUGUUGGUGUGAAAAAAUUUGUAUGAUCAUAUAUCCAUACAAAAUGUGGAGUCUCCUUUUGCUUUGGCCAAUAAAGGGACAUUUCUCACCUGUA